AUGCCAUCCCCAUACGCGCUCUCGUCCCACGAUGCUGUCACCCUCGUUGCACGGGCACUCCACUCUCUGCUCUACCCCUCCCCUCCUGCAUCGACCAACUCCUCCUCUCAUGCACUCAAGCAGACGCAGCAGCGGAAUAUAAGCCCCCAGCAGCAGAGUAUAAGCCCGCAGCAAGAGCGGCAGCAGCAAAAGAGAGUGCAGCAGCAAGCAGGGCAGCAGCAAGAAGGGGAGGGGGGGGCAUUCCAGCAGUUGGAGCUGCCGGUGCUGCCGUCCCUCCCCAACGGCACCCAGGAUGCCCUUGCCCCACCACUCACCCGCCUGCAACAAAGUGCAAGUAUGCUGUGUCUCACUCGUACUCCUUGCUCCAUCCGUGCGGCUUGCCCGAUGCGCCUCGCCAGCGCGCCCUGCCUGUUGCACCCUGGCAUCAUCCCCAUCAUCCCCAUCAUCCUAGAGCAGAGUAGAGUAGGGCAGAGUAGAGUAGAGCAGAGUAGAGUAGAGCAGAGUAGAGUAGAGCAGAGUAGAGUAGAGCAGAGUAGAGUAGAGCAGAGUAGAGUAGAGCAGAGUAGAGAAGAGCAGAGUAGAGUAGAGCAAAAUACAGUAGAGCAGAGUAGAGUAGAGCAGAGUAGAGUAGAGCAGAGUAGAGUAGAGCAGAGUAGAGUAGAGCAGAGUAGAGUAGAGCAGAGUAGAGUAGAGCAGAGUAGAGUAGAGCAGAGUAGAGUAGAGCAGAGUAGAGUAGAGCAGAGUAGAGUAGAGCAGAGUAGAGUACUAACCCCACAUGGCGACCUGGCAGCAAGCGAGAUCCGCAUUUUCAACAUCCAAAAACGGGCCCCCAUGGAAGUGGCCCUCUGGUCCUCCUCCCUCGGCCUCGUCCCCUCCUCCUCCCGCCCACCCCCCCAAUCUGCCCCGCCUUCCACCGCUUCCCCUGCUCCGCGCCCAGGGCCUGUCGCAGUCCCCAGCACACAGGUAGGAGGGAAGGGGGGAGGGAGUCCUACUGGAUCAUUCCCCAAGACUCGCCUUCGAAUCGCAGUGCCGAAUAAACAGCAAUACAAGGAGUAUGUGAACGUGUCAGACGCCCUGGGCGAGGGCAACAGCCGCUUCUCAGGCUACUGCGUGGAGGUGUUCCGCCUGGCCGUUACGCGGUUACCCUACAAGCUCGACUACGAGUUUGUGCUGUACGGUGAUAAGGACCUCAGCUACACUCAGAUGGUGCUGGCUGUCGCCAACAAGGACCUCAGCUACACACAGAUGGUGCUGGCUGUCGCCAACAAGGUGCGCCUCUUUCUUUCCUCCGCAUGCCCUUUGCUGCCCUACGUUUCUCUGUGUUCAUUUGUGUUUCCCUGUCCAUUCCUGUGCUGGCCUGGCCUGACGUACGAUGCAGCAGUGGGGGGCAUCACAGUGCUGGACUCGCGGAGCAAAGUCGUCUUCUUCACCUACCCCAUCCAUGUGAAAGAAGUGAAUUCUGAGACGUCUCAAAGAUUCACUUCUUUCCGUGCGUGCUGCCACCCCGUGCUGCCACCCCGUGCUGCCACCCCGUGCAUGUGCACCUACCCCAUCCAGUUUCUGACUCAUCAUCACUCUCUUAUUGCUGCUCUCCCCUCCCUUUCCCUCUCCCAGCAAUCUGGGCUGGGAGUCAUGGGCUACUCACGGCCGUACAGCAACCCCUGGAUGGUCUUCUCUCCGUUCACGGCCUCCCUGUGGGCGGUCACGGCCGCCAUCUGCCUCACCACGGGGCUGCUCGCCAUGAUGCUGGACCGGCAGCGCACGCCCGACUUCCAGGGCACGCUGCAGAAACGCCUCAUGACGGCCGUGUGGUAUGGCUGCCACACAUUCUACUCCAUUCCUGAAAAUAUCCUCGUUUACCAGCAAGCAGUGGCCCUUUCUCGACACAUGAGUGACCUCUACGCGCCCCUCUACGCGCCCCUCUAUACGCCCCUCUACGCGCCCCUCUACGCGCCCCUCAUUCUCCCUGCAGAGUAUAGAGACAUCUAUUCCGCCCUCACCAGCAAUUCCCCCAUCGGCUACCAGCAACACGCACAGUUCCUUGCUCGACUCAUACCCCACUCUUACGCCUCUCUUGCGCCCUCCACUCUCCACCCCACCAGGACAUCUAUUCUGCCCUCACCAGCAAUUCCCCCAUCGGCUACCAGAAACACAGCUCUGCCUUUCUCUGCCUUUCACCUGUGCGCCCUCCACCCUCCACCCUCCACCCCGCAGGACAUCUAUUCCGCCCUCACCAGCAAUUCACCCAUCGGGUACCAGCAGGGCUCCUUCGUGCACACGUACCUGCUGCAGCUCGGUGUUGCCCCUGCCAAGCUGGUAUCACUAGCAGGGGAGAGUGAGUAUGCAUCUUCGCUCACCUCGGGGCGAGUCACAGUGAUAGUGGACGAGAACCCCUACCUCAACCUCUUCCCCACUGCCCGACAAGCUGGUAUCACUAGCUGGGGAGAGCCAGUAUGCAUCUUCCCUCACCUCGGGGCGAGUCACAGUGAUAGUGGACGAGAACCCCUACCUCAACCUCUUCUCCUCUUCCUUGUGUUCACCCUCUCCCCUGGCUGGCAGGACAAGCUGGUGUCGUUGGCGGGGGAGAGCGAGUAUGCAUCAUCGCUGGCGUCUGGAAGGGUGACAGUGAUAGUGGACGAGGACCCCUACCUCAACCUCUUCUCCGCUGCCUUCUGUGACGGCGUGCAGGCGCCGCAGCCCUUCUCCAUCCUCAACCUCGCCUUUGUGGGGGCGGACAUCUCUCAGGCUAUCCUCGAGCUGGCGAUGAAGGGGGAGCUGGAGCGGCUCAAGGAACAGUACUUGCAGGUGGGUGCAAAGGAAGAGUAUGAGGAUUGGUUAACUCGGUACUUGCAGAAGGACAGCUUGUGCAGCAACGGCCAGGCCAGCUCGGCAGUGUUGACGGAGAAGGACAAUAUGUGCGUUGACGAUCAGACGGCCUCGGCAGUGCUCACGGAGGUGAAUGUGCAGAAGUUCACGGCGCUGCUCAUCCUCUAUCUCGUUGUCUCGCUGCUCUGCUGCGCCGCCUAUGUGGGCCUCCUCAUCUACCACGGUUACCGCUACCACCACCACCGACACGAGGAAGAGGAGGAGGACGAGGAAGAGGACGAGGAGGCAGCUGAUCAGCAGCUGCUGUGGCAGCAGCAGUGUUUUGGCCUGUCAUGCGGCCCGGGUGGAAAUACUGGUGCAAGUUACAAAACAGGCAAGGGCGGCAAGAAUCGUCCUGAUAUUCAUGACAAUGGUGGUUUUGAAGGAGGCAGGGAUACUUAUGGUAGAGCAAGUGUGGGGAACGAGGAGGGUGGAGGUUCAAUUGAGGGCUAUGUUGAUGCUGGUCCUGGUCCGUCCUCCAAUCCCUUCUCACAUGUUCCCGCCUCUUCAACCACCUCCGACGGUGUUACUGCAUCGUGCCUAGGGGGCCCUGUCUGGCCCGAUCCAUCUAUUGCUCUGGGCAGUGCAGCGUGCGUGGGGAUGUCAGGCAAGGGCAGCAAGCGGCCGGAGGUGCUAGAGCCGCUGCUGGAGGAAGGGAGUGAGGAGGGGGGGAUAUGGGAGGAGGUACAGGAGGAGGAACGUGAUGGGGAUUUGGGUAUUAGUGGGAAUAAGGAUGCGGCUCAACGUGGUGCUGCUGCUAUAGUUGAAAAGGAUGUGGUGGUGGGUUCUGACUCUGCCAUUACUACCACCACUGCUGCUGCUGCUGCUGCUUCUGCUGCUGCAGCUGCUGCUGCUGCUGCCAACACUGCCCCUGCUGCUGCAGCAGCUGCAAAGCUCAGCGCAGAAAUCGUGUUUCAAUCAACAGCCGUCGUUGACCUCCCCCCCCCCUCUUCCAUCAACCCCUUCCCCUCUCCUCUCUUCAGUGCUGACUCUGGAAGGGAGUGGAGUCGCGAGCGCUACCUGGAUCCCAAGAACAUCCAGAGGCAGCAAGCCUACUCCGCCGCUUCCCUCCUGCCGGACUUCUCCUCCCCGGGCAACUCUGCACGAAAACGCAGCAGCCCAUCAGCCCGCAGCUCUGGCAUGUUCGCUUCAGCCGGCUCUGCUUCUGCCUCUGCCUCUGCUUCUGCUGCUGCGUUUCCCGAGCCUGCCUCUUCGGCUAGACACCGGCGCCGUCCCAGCUGGGGAUCGAUACAAGCCUCACCUGCUUUCCCUUCCAAUCGCCCUUCCACUGCUUCUGGAUCCUUCUUCCAUGCAGCCAGUGCCAGCGGUGCCUCCAGUGCCGGCAGUGCUGCCAGUGCUGGCGAUGCAGACGCCUGUCUCGCCACAGCAUCUCCUUCCAAUCAUCCUUAUCAUUCCUCCUCAGGUCUUUCUCUCGCAGCUGACCCCCCUCCUGCACGCCUUUCCACUGCAUCUGACGUCUUCUUCCAUGCUCCCCGUGCUGGUGAUUCUCCUGCUGAUGGAGUAACCAGUGCUAGUGCUUUCCUCAGUGGGACUAACUUCCACCACUCGCCAAGUUCAGGCAGCAUGUAUCCUGCUAGAAGCUUCGGUGGUUCUGAUGCUGCAGGCCAUGCAGACAUGCCCAAAAGAGAAAGGCGGACAAGCAGCAUCCUGCCUUCUUCGUCCUCGCUACCUGCCGAACCUUGCCCACCGGAAGCUGAGGCUUGCGCGCUGGACGCAGUAGCACAGCUGGGGGAACCAAAGAGGAGAAGCUUCACCUCUGGUAUGGAGGAGCAAUCAGACUCUUCGACUCGCUCACCCCUGACACUCUCGCUAUCCUCUCCUGAUGAACAGCCGCAGCAGCAGCAACAGCCACAGCACCUGCUGCUGCGGCAGCAGCUGCCACCGAAGGCAUCGUAUGGGCGGCUCAACUCUCCUCAUGUGAACUCUCAGGCAACGUCAAGCCAGGCCAGCCAGGAGCAGCAGCAGCAGCAGAGGAACCAGGCUGGCAGGCUGCGUAAGACUGCUCGUGUUCAUCGCCGGAGUGCAUCGUAUGACGUCACACAGAAGCCAGAAAUGAGCAUCAAGGGGGAACUGGGGAAGAACUUGGCUAACCUGGACAAGGUUCUAUCACCGGGAUCCACAUUUGAUGCCGAUGCAAACGUCCAGCCCGAGUACAAAGGCGUUCAACGAGUCCGCGCCUUCCGUCUCUCAAAAUCACCGCAGCGGCAGCCCAAUCCCUGA